AUGAGCAAUAGCGCCUGUCUAAAACAUCCUUCUGCCCAGAAAGGCACGGAACAUUUCAAAGGAGACGCAAAACGCGGUAAGGACAAAGGGAAUCCCUGGGGCUUUUUUGACUCCAAUGCUCUUGAAUUCGCAUCCCAAACCCGACUGCCAAUCGCCUUUUUCCACGACUUGGAUGGCCUGCAAAAGAGAAUGCAGCAGGCUGAACAGGAACCAAGGCCAGAUGGAGCUGAACCCACGGACUCCCAACUGAACGAACAAUUUCGAUUGUUACGCUCCGUGAGAGCACUCGAAGAGAAACUAGCCAAAGCCAAAGCCGACCUGUCGGAUUCAAUACACAAGAAAUCUCGUUUAUCGAACCAUCCUGCAUCAUUACCACCACGGCACUCGCCUGUAGUGCUGUCAAAAGACGAUUUUAAAAACCUUGUGGAUCUGUACUAUUAUACCCACCGCAGUCGAUUCGACCCUGAAUCAGCGGAUUCGUCACCUACUCCUAUAUUUCUUGAAGAUUACAGCUUCAAGCUCUCCGAAGACUUUGCGCCACCCCAGGCAUAUGCUGAAUUCUACAAUAAUGAUGAAGGUUUUGAGUCCCCUUUAAAGGAAAUUGAGAGCAGAAUCAAGUCGCGGAUGUUGCGAGAAGUAGACGUUACGCGAGCCUUUGUGGACUUGCUUCUCGACGACUAUUCUAGCAAUGCGGCACUUUUUGAAGCAUACAAAAGGCUGCCACGGCCUGGCGUGGCUUUUCUUCCUCGCGGAAUUGUCCGAGUAUUUUUACAGCGCAUGUCAACACCCUGGCAGAAGAGCGAAAAGUCGAUGAUAAGAUAUCUAUCACUGAUUGACGACAUGCAAAGGGCCGAAUUACCAAUUACAAAGUCGGAAUGGGCGUCUGCUAUAUAUUUGGCGGGAAGAUCGUUCACCAAAGUCACCCAGGCCGAGGUGACCGCAGCGUUCCGAGUGUGGCGGCAAAUGGAAAACGACGCCGGAGUCAAAUCUCACCAUGUUACGUUCAACAUUCUUUUUGAUAUCGCGGUCCGGGCAAAUAAAUAUGCCCUUGCUCAAAUGGUGCUCAAAGAGAUGCAUGAACGUGGACUUCGCCUCAACCGUCUCGGUCGUGUCAGCAUCAUAUACUAUCAUGGAUUACGAGGCGAUGGCGACGCAGUCCGGAAAGCCUAUCGGGAUUUUGUUGACGCAGGCGAGAUCGUCGAUACCCUGGUUCUCAACUGCGUCAUCACCUCAUUGUACAAUGCCCAGGAGCCUGCGGCAGCAGAGCAGAUAUAUGAACGCAUGAAAAGUCUUCAGGGAGGACUUCGACGAGGCGAGCGAACUGAUGGUCAGACUUAUUUGUACAAGCAAUAUCCCGGCCCUGGAUCAGAGCUGAUCGAUCGCGAGAUGGCAUCUAAUUCCCUUGGUCGGGUGUUGCUUUUUGCUUCAAAACUUCAGCAUCUCUUACCAGACAAUCACAAACAGUUGCAAGAGGCGAUGCCUCUCACACCAGACCAUGUCACUUAUCGGUCCAUGAUUUCUUACCAUGUGAACGUUUCGGGAAAUCUCAAUCGAAUUACGGUCUUGAUGCACGAAAUGUACGAGAAAUUCGGAUUACCAUUUCAGAGUAUCCACUAUCAGUUGUUGUUUAAGGGAUUUGCUCUUCACGGAGCCACGAGUAACCCCGAUGCAACGUGGAAUGUGAAACGACUUCACAUGGUGUGGGAUGCAUGUCGAACUGCCCUCAAAGGAGGACAGGCAGCGCGAAGACUGCGUGGUUCUGCAGAGCCAGUGAAACCGACCCUUCCGUCCAUACAAGACAUUAGCAACCCUUCAACCGAUGACGAACUGGUCCAGCAGAGCGACUCAGAGGGAUCUGUAAAACAACCCCAUUUCAAACGCCUGAGUACAUGGAACGACUUUGUCCUGGAUCUGGCUCUGUUUCCGAAUGAACGGCGCAAACAUAUCGAGCGAAUUCAUGCCCAGCUGUUCGAUGAAGAGGAGGAAAAAAGGAAGUCCUUGUUCAGCAAGAAUCAAAAAGAGUCUACUCCAUCGGAACAAGAAACGUAUUAUCCAUUGGGCGAAAGAUCGCUAGAUCAAGAAGAGGGCGAAUAUAUACUACCGUCACCAAGUCUACUCAUCCAUCCAUAUAGAAGGGAGGGUGAUCAUGAGUUUGAAUCGCCAACUUUUCCAACUCGUCCGGCGAAGGAUAUAGGCAACGACUCUCCUGAAUCUGACCAACCAACAGUUCCUCAAAAUGCUGAUUCUGAUGCGACAGAAUCCCACGAAAAUUCCUCUUCCGGAGCGGACGACAGUACCUCCUCUCCAGACGCAAGCUCCGAUGCUAGACAUGAAGAUGCGAAUGAGCACGAAGACGAGAAAGACCAACGACCCCUACCACCCACAUCACCACACCAAGUCCAAGCGACCCGCCCUCUAGUCUGCUGGCUUCUGCGCGCCUACACGCGCUGCACAGGUUCGCGGCGGCAGGUAGAAGAGGUAUGGAACUCGGUGCGUAAGGUUUGGAAGACCAACGACCCUAACGAGCGUGACGCUGUCGUCAGAGUGCUCAAGAGAUGUUUGCGGGAUUGUGAUCGAUACGGGCCACCUUUGUGA